UAAGAGGUAGGUCACAGGCGGUGGCGGUGGCUUUGGAGGCCGCGGUCCGGGUCCUGGCUUCGGCCCCAGCCCCACCAUGGUGACGGUCGCUGAGCUCCUGGUGCUCCUGGCCGGUCUUCUGUUCCCGGCCUCCGGCUACUUCGUCAGCAUUGACGCGCACGCCGAGGAGUGCUUCUUCUCGCGGGUCACCUCGGGCACUAAGAUGGGCCUCAUCCUCGAGGUGGCGGAGGGUGGCUUCCUGGACAUCGACAUGGAGAUUACAGGACCUGACAAUAAAGGAAUUUAUAAAGGAGACCGAGAGUCCAGUGGGAAGUACACAUUUGCUGCUCACAUGGAUGGAACAUACAAGUUUUGUUUUAGUAAUAGGAUGUCUACCAUGACUCCCAAGAUAGUGAUGUUCACCAUUGACAUUGGGGAGGCUCCAAAAGGACAAGACAUGGAAACAGAAGCUCACCAGAACAAGCUAGAAGAA